AUGGAAGGCAAUUUAGUCCAGUCUCUAAAUGCCCCUACUCGAACCGAAAAGAAACCUGAACUGAAAAAUUAUGAUUUCGAAGAGUUGGAAAAAAAGGACAGCCUUGAAGAUGCUCGGUUUCAGACUUUGCGCGAGAUACAUUUACAAGACUUUUCCCAUCGUAUUGAUCUGUCAAAUAAUCAGGCUGCUUUACCUUUUGACUCUUCUAGUAAUUUGUGCAAAUCCACAAUAGUGAAUGAAGCCUUAUCAACACCUAUAAAAAUGUCAAGAACAGCUCCUGAGGACGAAACUUUAUCUAAUAUUUCAUUGCUACAAAAACAGCUGCAUUCUCAUCAUUCAAUUGCACAUUUGCCUCUAAACACUUCAGCUGACAUUUCAGUGGAACCUGUAUACAGCAUAGAAACUAAAAAAUCAUUCCUGCAUGAUUUAGCCUCGACCUCUACGCAUUCUCUAGUCUCUGAAAUAAAUAGGCCUGCAUCAUCUGCUCCCUUUUCUAUUCUUUCUUUUUUUCCACCUCCAUCUACCUCUGAUUCCCCAACUUCCUUUGCUUUGCCACCGGAGGGUUCAGACCUUUCUGAAAAAGUUACCAUUUCUGUGAAUAAGUCUCAAUCUCGGAAAAAGAGGUUAAUACUACUUUUCUGA